AAAAUGGAAAAUAGCCCUGUAUGUCAUGCGCUAAAAUAUUUUCGGGUGAAGCAUAGUUUAUGUGGAGGGUAGGGCGCCAGUCUGGCGACGGCCAGUCUGCGUUGGCGCCAAGCGUCCUCUUUCCCCCAAACAGCGCCAGUCGCGCGCCGGGACCCGCCCUUCGCGUUGCAAUGAAGCCGCUUCAUACAAUAUUUAUUUACUUCUCCAUAACCAACAUAUUCAUCGAUGCGAAAAUCCAUGGCGGACCGCGCGGACGCUUCGCCAACCAUUCGGCUUUGCGAGCCCCGAAUUAUUACCACGUCAGCUCUAAACACACGCAUUUCACCUACCAUCCGCCGACACAUAUAACCUUCAUGUGCCGCCAUUGUGCUGCACCAGUCACGUAUCCCGUCUUCCACGGUCAACCACCGACGUACGUCUACAAAUACAGGGAGACUGUGAGCCGAUAUGGAGUACUACUAACUGGACUGGCUUUGUAUAACCUAGGAAGAUCCCCAAGUGUACCUUAUCACGUGCAAGACCCCGAAGAAAAGUGCAAUCUGCAAAUUCGAGACUGGAAUCAUUUUGAACAAACAACUUUCCCCUGCUUCAUAAUGUCUACGUUCAUUGAGAGAAAAACCAAGAUAAACCGCGAGGACUCAAACACGUUCGAUGUCACUUCAUCUCUAAUAGACGUGAAAUCAUUUAUCAACAAUACCGGAUACCCAAUACUAAUUAACAGACACCAAGAUUGUGUAAUAUGGCAUAAUACAUCUGCCGCUCAGAAGAAUGCUCAUUUUGACUGCGCUUUGUUAAAAGAAUACGCUGACACAAUGAAGCCUGGUGGUGUUCCCGUGUAUAUCUGGUUGCCGGUGACUUUAGCAAUUGUGUUAACGCUAUAUAUUACAUGUCAGUGUAUUUGUCGGAAGAAAAAGGAGCAAAAAGAAGAAGUGCCGCUCAAUCAAGCCGCAAUAAUUGGGUAUUGCUCUCAAUAAGUGCGUGCAAUGUGAUGCGUUGAUUUACUUCGUUUUAUUCG